AUGAUGUCGGUCGAAGGGUCUACAAUAACAAGUCGGAUCAAAAAUCUCCUUCGCUCCCCUUCCAUUAAGCUGAGGAGGAGCAAGCCUGGGAACAAGCGUGAAGACAUAGGCAGCAAGGUGACUUUGGAGAAGGUGUUGGGGAUAACUGUGUCAGGUGGCAGAGGACUAGCCUGUGACCCCAAAACCGGCCUCGUUGCUUAUCCAGCAGGGUGUGUUGUUGUGCUGUUCAACCCUAGGAAGAAUAAGCAACACCAUAUUCUAAACAGUUCCAGGAAAACAAUUACAGCACUUGCUUUCUCUCCAGAUGGAAAAUAUUUGGUUACAGGAGAGAGUGGACACAUGCCAGCGGUUCGGGUAUGGGAUGUGGCCGAGCGAACCCAGGUGGCUGAGCUCCAGGAGCACAAGUAUGGUGUGGCCUGUGUGGCCUUCUCCCCCAGCUCCAAGUACAUCGUUUCAGUGGGGUACCAGCAUGACAUGAUUGUCAAUGUGUGGUCAUGGAAGAAAAACAUCGUAGUGGCAGCCAACAAAGUCUCAAGUAAAGUGACUGCGGUGUCAUUCUCAGAGGACUGCAGUUACUUUGUCACUGCUGGAAAUCGACACAUCAAGUUCUGGUACCUGGAUGACAGCAAAACCUCAAAGGUCAAUGCCACAGUCCCCUUGCUAGGUCGCUCGGGAUUGCUUGGAGAACUGAGGAACAACUUCUUUACGGACGUGGCUUGUGGAAAGGGCAAAAAAGCUGACAGUACCUUCUGCAUCACAUCCUCAGGCCUGCUCUGUGAAUUCAAUGAAAAAAGGCUGCUGGACAAGUGGGUGGAGCUGAGGACCACUGUGGCAAACUGCAUCUCUGUCAACCAUGACUACAUCUUCUGUGGUUGCGCUGAUGGCACCGUGAGGAUCUUUAACCCUCUGAACCUUCACUUUGUCACCACACUGCCAAAGCCGCACUGCCUGGGAACAGACAUCGCAAGUGUGACUGAGGCCAGUCGUCUUUUCUCUGGUAUGGCUGAUGCGAAGUAUCCAGACACGAUUGCCUUGACUUUUGACCCCACCAACCAGUGGCUUUCCUGUGUAUACAACGACCACAGCCUGUAUGUGUGGGAUGUCAAAGACCCAAAGAAAGUGGGCAAGGUGUACUCUGCUUUGUACCACUCUUCCUGCGUGUGGAACAUUGAGGUGUAUCCAGAGGUGAAGGACAGCAAUCAGUCGUGCCUUCCCCCUGGUUCCUUCAUCACCUGCUCCUCUGACAACACCAUUCGCCUGUGGAAUACUGAGAGCUCCAACAUUCAUGGCACAGCUCUGCACCGCAACAUCCUUAGCAAUGACUUGAUGAAAAUCAUCUAUGUAGAUGACAACACUCAGGUACUCCUGGACACUGACUACAACUCAGCAGGAAGUGCAGACAAAGCUGAUGCACAAGUGAUGGAUACAAAGGUGGGAAUACGCACUGUCUGUGUGAGUCCCGGUGGGGAGCAUCUGGCCUCGGGGGACAGGAUAGGCACUCUCAGGAUAUAUGAGUUGCAGUCUCUGAGAGAAAUGCUGAAGGUGGAAGCCCAUGACUCUGAGAUCCUGUGUCUGGAGUACUCCAAACCUGACACAGGCUUAAAGCUCUUAGCCUCAGCCAGUCGGGAUAGAUUGAUUCAUGUCUUGGAUGCUGGAAAGGACUACAGCCUGCAGCAGACCCUGGAUGAACAUUCUUCUUCCAUCACUGCUGUCAAGUUUGCAGCCAAUGAUGGGAAGGUGCGAAUGAUAAGCUGUGGGGCAGACAAGAGCAUCUAUUUCCGCACUGCACAGAAGACAGGAGAAGGGGUUCAGUUUACCCGAACACAUCACAUUGUUAGGAAGACCACUUUGUAUGACAUGGAUGUGGACCCCAGCUGGAAAUACGCAGCUAUUGGAUGCCAGGAUCGUAACAUCAGGGUUUUCAAUAUAAGCAGUGGGAAGCAGAAGAAGCUUUACAAGGGAUCCCAAGGUGAAGAUGGCACCCUCAUCAAAGUGCAAACAGAUCCUUCUGGUCUUUACAUUGCAACUAGUUGUUCUGACAAGAACCUCUCCAUCUUUGAUUUCUAUUCUGGCGAGUGUGUUGCAACCAUGUAUGGACAUUCAGAGAUUGUAACCGGGAUGAAGUUCAGUAAUGACUGCAAACAUCUGAUCUCUGUUUCUGGUGACAGCUGUAUCUUCAUCUGGCGUCUGAGCUCAGAGAUGACCAUCAACAUGCGGCAGCGACUGUCUGACAUGAAGCAGAGAGGGAAACAGGCAGAAAAGUCUCCUCCGCACAAGACUGCUGGACUCAUGAGGCAUGAGUCCAUCUCUGCCCUGUCCUCUGCACCUGCACUCUCAUCAGACAGCGACAAGGAUGGUGAAGAUGAAGGGAAUGAUGAAGAUGAGCUGCGUGGGCUGCAGUCGUUCCAUGUUCAGUCCAGCUGCAACACUGACAGAGACUCAGAUCCAGACCUUACCCUUUCAAGAAGCCUUUCCCACUGGGAAAUGAGGAGGGCCAAAGAGAUAGCAGCAAUCCAGCGCUCAGAGGCACCGAUGAGCAAGAUGCCUCGGCAGCGUGGGCGCUGGUCCCAGCCAACCAGCAACAUAGAGAUGACUGUGAAAUCCAUGCUCGACUUGCGUCAGUUGGAAUCUUUCUCUGUUUCCCGUUCUCCAAGUCGAGACUCUCUGUCUCAGAACAGCAAUGGGGAUGACAGAGAAGAGCAGACGGAUCUUCCUGUGCACAUUAACAAAGUUGGCAGCUCAGUACCUCCCCAAGAUAACCGGUCCUGUGUGCGACCCCAGAUGAUUCGGCUUGUGUCUUGUGAGGAGGGGAUUUUCUCUCAGGAACUGGAACCUUCUGAGAGUGAGGAAUGUGUAAUCUACCCUGAGCAAGAUGAAAUCCAUCCCACAGACCCUAGCAGUGAGUUCCAGGUAAAAGCACUGCCCCACGGGAAGCUAAAUAGAGGUUACCACAGUAAUGGAUGCCCAGACAAACACAGUCCUGACAGUGCCUGCUCUGUAGAUUACAGCAGCAGUCGUCUGUCCAGCCCAGACCAUCCAAAUGAAGAUUCUGAAAGCACUGAGCCGCUCAGUGUGGACGGCAUCUCAGACCUGGAGGGAGAGGAAGGAGAGGAGGACGUGGCUACUAGUGUGCCAGAGGGAGAAAUCCCCCAGAUUCAUGAUCAGGAAAAGUUCCUCAAGGAGCAUUUUGGGAGCCUGGGCAGCACUGAUGGCAAAGGUGGCUCAUGUAGGAAUCUGGAAGGAAGUGAAAACCUCAGCAUUUCCUCUCGCUUUCUUUCCCAGUCCCCGGCUCUCAGACGAUUGUCACUCUCUUCGUCAAAUCUGAUACUGGAUUCAAAGCCCAUCGAGCCGCCAACCCAGAACAGUCAUUUUACACCAGAUCUGUUGAAAAAUGGCAGCAGCCAGCCUAGUGAUGCUUUGGAGAACAACCAGCUGUUGGAAAGUGUAAAUUCAAAUCAGGCUCCUUAUGUCCAGAAAAAACGGAGGUCAGCUUUGGAGGCCAGCAGAGUUGGUAUGGCUCCUGGACGGGUUAUUGCAUCCUUUCCAGAAGGCCCUGUGAAUGCAGUGAUGAGAAAGGCACAGUCAGUUCAUGACCUCGUUCAUGAGGAUAAGGGUCCUGGAGUGAUAUCCUCUGCCAAGCAGCGUCCUCAGACUCUUUUGGUGGUUGAGAAGGAUCCCAGACCUAACAGUUGCAGGGUGUUAUCAGCUAGUAUGUUGAAGAUGGAUGGAUCUGGUGCUCUGCUGGCCAAAGAUGUCAGGGCUGCAAAACCCAAGUCCUACAUGAACCCUACAACCAGCUUCCGGGCUAAGAUGUCAAGGAGCAUAUCUGUAGGGGAAAAUCUGUACCUUGGUUACUCCUCUGAAAUGCUGGCAGAUGGGAGGACUAGCCCUCCAGUGGCAGAGAAGACACAACUUAGUUCCACAGCAGAUGCUGAGAAGAUGAAGCCACCGGUGAAAGAAAAUGUUCCAGUGAAGCCAGCACUUCCGCCAGUUGUAAACUGCUCAUCUCCCAAGUCCUUCCACAGCAAGUUGGCAUCAUCAAACCGAGCACAUCUGAUUCUUGACAUUCCCAAGCCAUUGCCUGAUAGACCCACCCUGGCCUCCUUCUCACCCACUACUAAAACAAAAACCCUGCUUGAGCCACAGUCUCCACAGUCACCUGCUGGGGCCUGUAAAAAGAAACCUGUUUUUCCUGAGAUCCGAGCCUCCAAGAAGGAGAACCUAACUGCUGGGUCUCUGGUUCCUGGUAGAGAGGUUUCAACAGGACCUACUAAGGAGAGCCCAGUGGAGAGUACAGCCUCAAGGAUGGGUUGCCAGGAUGAGCCAGGGGUUGCUAGUCCAAAACUGUCAGAGAGCCAGCACCCAAAAUCUCCUGAGGGCGCACUGCCCAGGAGCAGGGAGCAGAUCACCGGCAUCGCCUGUGUGCUGGACAACCAGCCUGGACUGUGCCCCCUAGACCCCAUCAGGCCGAGGUCUCCUACAGCUAUAACUGCCUUGGCACAGGUCUCAGGUGUGCAUGGAUACCCAUCUCUUAUCUUCCCCCUUCUGUUUCCUGUCUUUGUGAACCGCCUCACGGUCCCAUCACAUUUCUUUACGUCCAGCUUCUGGCCUGUCUCGUCCUGUCUGCACCUGUCUCGUUCCAUAAGCCAUACCCUCAAUGGAUCGUGCAUCAGCGUAGAGCAGUGUGAGCACAUGGUAUCUGAGCUCCAGGACAGCAUGCGCAAAGCCAUUCAUCUUUACCGCAUGGUGUUAAAUGAUACAGAGUCUUCUACUGACAAAGAUAAAAUAGCGGGCCUCCUGACAGAAACAUUCUCCUCAAUGAAGAAAGAACUGGAUUCUCUGAAGGAAGAGGAAAAGCUUCCAAAGGUUAAGGAGGUACUGACAAAGCCACAAGAUACCACUACUCCAUCAAAUGAGGGAUGUGGUGCAAAUCUACCAAGUCCCAAGAGUUUGGGGGAUCAGCAGACACUAGCUCUGCUGGAACAGUACUCAGAGCUCUUGCUACAAGCUGUGGAACGACGCAUGGACAAAAAACUCUAAGAGGGGUGGCUUUCAGGUGUUGUGAAUACACAGAGAUAAUCCCACGAAGAGGACCAGAGAGAGAGCUUCAGACUGAUGCUAUCAUCACACUGCUCUAGGGCUGGUGGGGAGACCUUUAGAAGUUGAUUUCCUCAAGCCCCUACAACUGACUAAUUCUUAGCAAUGUGCUGGCCACAAUUUUGAUACAUUUUUCUCCCAAUGGUCUUCAACUUCCCGUCUCUAGACAAAAUCUUGAAAGAGGAGUUUGGAGAAAUUGCCUUGAGAUUUCUUCAUAGCCGGGAGGUCAGGAUUGGGUGGCACCUAAGGAAAAAGUGCACACAAGCUAUCCAAGAAAUUCUGAACUGCUGACUAAACACAAAGGAGUCCAGUUGAAGCCAAUCCCUUCUCCAAGGCUUCAUGAGAAUCAAGAAGCAGACUUUUAAUGAGUUUAUUUAUUAAUUUAUUUUUCUGACUGUUGCUCUGUGUCACAUUUGUGGCUAUUAUCUUUGUCCUUUAACAAAAACUGUCAAUCCCUUUCCCAUAUCCCAGCGAGAAACAAUCUCUGUAUUAUAAACCCCCAACAGGGAGACAGGCUGGAGUGUCUGUGCAAUUAAUGAACUGUUUUCUGCUUAAAUCUUGUCUUGGUGUUCUUUCUUUUCCUGCUUCAGCUUUGUUAUGUAGAGUAAUCCUCCUGUUGUCAUGACAACCUUGUCUGCUUUUCUCUUUCAAGACAGUCCCCACACUGUAUUUAUCUGCAUUCACCUCUGGGGGAAGGUUCUGCAACCCUUGGACCAUGCUUUGGAGAUUCAUCGAUGAAUUCAGUAGUGGUAUUUUUUAAUCUGGAAUUUGACAUUAUGUUGAUGCUUCGUGACUGGGUUUUCUGCAGCCAUUUUAAAAGUGGGAUUUGGAUACAAAUAUGGACAUUUGUUUCAGCCACCUUUCAUGAAUAGGAAUUGGAUAUUGACUUUGUUGUAACUGGGAAAUUUGAGCUGAUGAUUUAUUUAUUGAGAACAUGGAAAAGCUGGUUUCCAUCUCUUACAGUGUAACUGGAUUUGAGGUAUCUUCAGUGCAGCAGCUCAUCCAUGGUAUUUGUUCAUUCCAUUAUGAUAGGAAAACAGAGUAUUUACAUCCCAAGAUCUUUUGUUAAACCUGUUUCAACUACCCACAGAGAAUGAUUUUGUGAGAACUUUGAACAGGAUAUUUUAGGAUGUGAUUACCAGCAUUUCCCCAUUCCCCAGCUUCUUUGCUUUUCAUGAAUUCUUGGUUUGAGAAAUAGAAAAUCUUUGCUUCUUGCAUUUGUAUGUGCAAUACUCUUCUCACCCUGUGGAGCUUCUUGAAGCCCAUGCUAACUUGUGUUUGUUCUGGUGUAAAACUGUCCGGUGAUGUGAGCUUUUUUAGUCAAUGAUUAACUAAGAAAAAAUAAUUUGAAACCAAUGAAAUUCUUCAGCACCUUCCCCCUUAGCCCCACUCCUUUCCACAACAGGGUCAAAUACCCCAAAUUAUUUAUUUCUUCCUCCAUCUGCAGCCUGACUUGUAUUUAGUUUAAGGCAGUAGUCCCAGUGAAUAAAACUGAUCCCAGUUUAUAAAACUGAUGCAAGCAACGUUUCAUGGGAGAGAGACUCCUAGCAGCUGUGGAAGUCACUGUGGAAGGCAGCCAGGCAGCAUCACUUGGUUCCACAGGUUACAGGCUUGAAGCAGUUUUCUUUUCAUUUUACUGUCCUGGCUGUCAUCUCCUUGAAACCCCAUGGCACUUGGAAAUGUGGUCUGUUGACUUCUCUGUCUUUCUGUGACUGGAGAUCUGCAGUGCAGCCUGUUCUAACACCGGGCUGGCUGGACCAGUGUAGGAUUCCGAAUAACUCCAGGGCUGGAUACUCUGCAGUUUUGAGAGCUUUCCAGCUCCUUCUGUCUGUAAGUUAAAUCUGCCUAAUCAUGUUUCAGGUGUCCUUGCUAACCUUUCCUUCCAUGGUCUUGUACUGAACCUUUAAAAGUGUUGCUUUCUACUUCUGCCUCGGCAUUGCUGUGUGCUGAAUCAGUUCAUGUGCUUAGUCCUGUAGGCAGCUUCUCUUGCACAGACAGACUUUGCCAAGGAAAGCAAGUUGAAAAGCAGGGGAGAGAUUUCUGGCAGUUUGAGCGAGAAGGCGUGCUGGAGAUGCCACGAGUGGAAUGUAUGGUGACAGUCAUGUUGGGUCUGUGAUGGAGUUAGUAUGGGUUAAGCUUGCUUUUGAGGUGGUUAGUUCCUUCACUUUCAGACUGUGAACAUAUGUCCUAGUGUACAGGAAAUACUGGGGCCACAAGACACUCAGGUAAAAUAGCAGUCCCUUCAACCCAAGUAUCUUUUGGUACUGGUAAUAAUGGUUUGAGGGUCUUUUAUAUUACUUCCCUGUGCAAUGUUAUUCCAUUCUAUGAAUCUUUGAGGUAGUGACAAAAAGGGUCAGAGAUGAUACGGAAAAGCUAGUGGCAAGAAUGGAAUUCCUGUUAAGAUAAAGAGCGACAGCCAGUGACGAUGGCAUAGACAUAUGAAAUAAAGCUCCUUGAAAAUGAGUUUUGUGAAGCAAAUAUAGUUUUUAAGCUGAUCAGAGUGAGAUUUGCUUCCUGGAAUAGAUUUUGCUUGGGGUCAUAGUUGCCUACAGGAAACCAGAGGUAAAAUGUGAUCAGAAUGAUGGCAAGAGAAGUGUUGGGCAAGUAGAUCAGCUGGAGGAGGUUGUAUAGUUUAAAAUAAAUUAGAAUAGUAGAUGUAGGAUACUCAGGAAAACAGAGUAGAAAUAGAGAUGGUCUUGGCCUGAGGAACACCAUUUGGCCAAUACCUGAGAAAGAGAUAGUACAGAAAAGCUUCAGGAAAGUAGAUUUAGGAGUGAGGUGGUGAUCUGUAAUUGGAGAAUGAAUUGGAAGGGGUUUGUUUUUCAGUGUGUCCUGUUGGACCUCUUGUUUCUUUGUUUGCUGUCCUCUAAGCAAUUAGUUUUUCUUGAAUGGCAAAGUCAUGAGCUGUUCAGCUUGGAUGUUAUGAACUUAGUAGUAGAAGUCCAGUAAAGGAGAUGCUGGUGCUAAUAAUAUGUGGUGAGGAGAUAAGUGUUGCUCUUUAUAUUUUGAGACAGAUCCAACUUACUCUUCCCUGAUAGCUUCCUAUUGCUGGCGGUAGGAAGUACUCCUGAAAAUUCUAGUUUACAGAACAAAGAGAGCGUAAAUGAGUUACAUUUUGUUGCACCUUGUGAAUAUGUUUCACCACAGGCUGUCCAUUGGGCCAGGCAGAGAAAGACCGAGUGGUAAAACUGCUUGGGAAGUGAAGAGGCUUGUGGGAGGAGGUCAUAAGCUUGAGUCUAUCCCUCUUACUAGGUUGUGAUCCCUCUUAUUGAUUUGUGUUGGUGUUAGCUUAGGCACAACCAGAAAUAUUAUUGAGAUGAGUUAUUUGUUUAACAUGAAGCCUGAAGAAAUAAUUUGGCCCUGCCUAUCCUCUUUACAUCCAUUUGCCCCCUCCAACCCAACAUUCCUGGUCAAAAUGACAGUAGUUGGUUUUGGGUUUUUGUUUCCCAUCCUGUAAAUAGUAUUGCUUUGCCUGUGGGACCCCUGGGUUCACUCCUGGGCUCUCUCAAACUGAUGCAGUAGGAAGGGCUGCAAGCUGAGAAGGCGGCACACUCUGUUUUACUUGGGGCUGCAGGCAGGUACCACCUUCCUCCUCCCCAUCCCUUGUAGCACCCAGGAGCUGUGUGUCUGGGAGUCUUGUGUUUCUCCCACCUCCUCUCUCAGGUUGUCCUCUCCAUUCCAAGCCACCUCCCAGGCUCAUGGCUGAGGCAGGCUUUAGAGCAGCACCUUCUCCAGUCCCCCGUUUUGCAGACUCAGAGGAAUUGGGGCGUUUCUUCCUGAGAGUAGGAACCUACAGACCUAAUUUUUUAAAGAAGAAAGAGUAUGUAUAUAAUUAUAUAUAAGGAAAAAAUACAGGUAUUUAAACACCAUUGGCAAAUUCAUGCAUGUAUGCGGUGUCUCCCCCCACCCCACCCCAUCGGAUGUGUAGCAUCCAGGAUACGACAUGACACAAACCUCAUUUAAAAGACAGGUUGUUCUCACAGCCCCUUAUUGAACAGGUUCUUCCUUCUCUGGAUAGGGACCAGCACGUCCCGUAUUUCGGAUCGCAUGUGUGAAUAGCACGGGGGCAGCUGUGUCCGUAGGGAUAAUGUCCGUAGGGAUAACCUACAGGGGCCAGGAGCGUUAGGAAUAAGCCAUGUCCCUUCCGCAUGCCUGUGUACGGCUGAGGCACCAGGCAAGCACCGUGUGCUCCAACACUACCCCAUUCCUUCACCCCUCUAGACAAAGACAAAAUCCCUCCUUUAUUUAUAAAUGUGUGUUUUUAUACUUUUGGCUUUAGGUAAAAUAAUCCUUUAAAUGUCCUUUUUUUUUUUAGUUGGAAGAAAUAAUACUACGAAUCUUUCGUUGGGUUGUUUUGCACUGUGAGGCUCCCCCGGGGGCUGUUUUUAACUCUGUAUUCAUUUGUACUCCCUGUCUUAAAACGUUUCAAUAAAAUGUGACCAUUUGUUACCGA